AUGAACUACAUGCUGAAAAAUCAACUAGUUCAUGGAAUUCAUUCCAUUACAGAAAAGCCAGCUGACUAUGAAGCUUGGAAAUUUGGGAAGCAAACAAGGAAACCAUUUCCUGAAAGUAGCUGGAAGAUUAAGUUGCAUUCUCAGUAUUUUAUUAGUUUUGGAUCUCUGUUUUUAUCUCUGUUAAGAACUGCCUUUGUUCCUAAAAAUUCAAUAGGUGGCAUUAUACCUAAUUAUUUAUUAUUCUCUUAUUCAGAGGAUUCUUACUGUUCUAAUGUAAACAAGUUUCUUUUGAUUAUCAAUCUAACACCUGAGACUUUGUCAGUGCAACUAAUGGGAGGAACUAAAGUUGCUGUUGCUCCAAAAAGUCGCAAAAAAAGUUUGGAUUCAGCAGGAGAUUCACGCCAAGACUCCUUUAAUAAAGAACACACUUCUAAGAUGCUGCUUCGUUUACAAGAUCCAAAAGGAUUAUGUAGUAUCAGUACUCAUGUCAAAGGAGUUGACCUCAAUGUAGGGCUUACUACUGUUGCUUUUGUUCACCCAGAAACAGCCAAAAGAUACUCAUUCAACAUGCUUCAGUUGGUUUUGAUAGUACCCAGAGUUUCCAAGGAGAAUGUUAAUAUUUCAAGAAUUAAUAUUAUGAAAAAAAGAGGUGGUUCAACUACUAAUGAAGUUGAAAAUGUAAAUAUUGACAAGACAGAAUAUCGACAAGCAAUUGCUCAGUUGAUGAUUUCAGAAUCUGUGGGUGAAGGACAUGUGAUGGUAGCUAAGUCUCUUCGACUUUAUUUGAGAGCUAGCCUACGUUCAUGGGUUUAUUUGAAGGCAUGCAAUACUAUUUUGGAAAAAAAUAUUCCUUCAACCUCUCUUUUUCCUUGUCAAUUCAAACUACUAAGGCAGGAGAAUUCUGUUGAGAAAGAUGGUCUAGAAGUUUCUCAUGGCCACAAUCAUCACAUUGAUAAAAAAGUCCAAGCGAAAGCUACAUCAGGUUUCUUUGUGGAUACUAUAGAUUGGUCAAUCCAAAAUAAAGUUCUAGAAGCUGUCUCUGAUGAAUUCAAUCACAAAGCAGAGGAAGAGAAUACAAAUCAAUCUCAAAAUCCAAGGGAAUUACAGAGUCUUGUAAGACUAUGGUAUAUCACACAAAUUAAGGCAAUUACUUCCAUUUCAGGUAUGGAGGUUAGUUCCUUGAUUAUGGGUGAUAAAACCUUGCUUCAUUUUGAAGUAAGCUGUUACAAGCUUGGGAGUAAUGGGAAGGCUCAGUUUGCCUAUAGUCCUUCAGAGAACAGUGGCAAUGCAGCUGAAAUGUUGUUUUUAUUGACAUUUGGUGAAGAAAAUCUGCAUAAUGGGAAACUUAGUGCGUAUGAAGUUGCUCUUGGAGGAGAACUUGAUAACAUUAGUAUUGUGGACCUGAAGGUUUUUGAAAGGAUGAAAUUGUGUGAUCCUGUGUCUAUUGUUUCUAUAGAAGAGAGAACCCCUGAAGACCACAUUAGUUCAAAUCUAUCUCCGCUUGGCUGGAUGGAGAAAACUGCGGAUGAUGUUAUCAACAGAAUGUUGAUAUUGUUAUGUUCUGCAUCUGGUUUGUGGUUUGGCACACACAACUUACCACUCCCUGGACAUGUUCUCAUAUAUGGACCACCUGGCUCUGGAAAAACUAUAUUAGCAAGAACUGUGGCAAAAUCUCUUGAGAAUCGUGAGGACAUCUUUGCACACAUAAUUUUUAUUUCCUGCUCUAAACUUACCCUUGAGAAGGUCCCAGUUAUUCGCCAAGAACUUGCAAACCAUGUAAUUGAAGCUGUAAAUCAUGCCCCAUCUGUGGUUAUCUUUGAUGAUCUUGAUAGCAUAAUUUCUUCCCCUGACUCUGAAGGAUCUCAACAGUCAAUAUCUGUUGCUGGACUCACAGAUUUUCUGGUUGACGUCAUGGAUGAAUAUGGGGUAAGAAAUAUGCCUCAAUUGUUACUUAAUGCGGUUUCUCUGGAAUGUUAUGCAUAUUAUUGUUCCUUGUCACCAAUGUUGUUAAACUUGAGAAUUGUAAGGGGAUCAAAAAGGGGAUAAAAUAUCGUAAAUCAACUUGUAAGAGUUACGA